AUGGCGGACCAGAUCGCUGCCGAUGACCGCGAGUCAUUCGACGAAGGCUAUGCGGAAUCGACAACCACAUCCUACCUCAGUUCCCUGGCGUCCGACAUCCGUCGAGGUGUGACAGAGAAUGGUCGCACCUACGCAUCAUACGGCAGAACUGUACAGGGCAUUCCAAUCGAUGAACCGGAACAGGAUCGCAACGACCUUCAACAUGCAAAGUUCUUGCUGCUACUAGGCGGCAAGCUUCACUUGGCGCCUAUUGCCGACGACGCGCACAACAUUCUUGAUCUCGGAACUGGUUCGGGUAUCUGGUCCAUAGAUAUGGCGGAUUUACACCCGUCAGCCACAAUCACAGGUGUUGAUGUCGCCCCGACAAUGCCGACUUGGGUCCCACCGAAUGUUCAGUUCGAGAUCGAGGAUAUCGAGGAGGAUUGGCUCUUCGGGAAGAGUCGCUUCGACUUCAUUUUCGGUCGCGAGCUUCUUAUGGCAAUCCAUGACUGGCCUCGGUUGAUCAAGCAAGCAUAUGACCACCUCAAGCCUGGUGGAUAUCUCGAGUUGGAGAUGACUUUUCCGAAGACCUUUUGCGAGGAUGGUACACUGGACCUUGAGACAUCAGCAUACGCAGAAUCCGCGCGGCUUCUCUUUGAGUGUGGUCGUAAGAUGAAUGUACCAUGGGAAGCAUCUUUGGAAUGGAAGGAGCAGAUGCGCGCCGCAGGCUUUGUGGAUGUCGUCGAAACCACCUUGAACAUCCCCAUAGGCCGCUGGCCCAAAGACAAAGAUAUGAAGAAAAUCGGAACGUUUGAACUCGCCAACAUUGAUCAAGGUCUCGACGCGUUCUUGCUUCGAGGCUUCACAGGCGCAUUGCAACGCUCCGAAGCUGAGCUGCAAGUCCUGACAGCUCUAGCGAGGAAGGAAAUCUUCGAUCCCAAGAAUCAUUUGAAUGUUAAGUUGUAA